GCUCGUUUUAUUUAAAUGCCCCUCGUCACCACGCAACUUUCUUACUUCUAACAAAAACAACGAUCACCGAUCAACAAACCACAACUUCCCCGGAACGCUUCUGCGACUACUAUUGUCGCUCGUAAUAAACUUACUUUCCAUCUCAUCUAUCAUCCUAUCACUACUAGAAUCAGCCUAGUCGACCGCCAUCAUGCCUAAGAACAAGGGAAAAGGUGGUAAGAAUCGUCGUCGUGGAAAGAACGAGAACGACAACGAGAAGCGCGAGUUGACCUUCAAGGAGGAUGGACAAGAGUAUGCCCAAGUCGUCAAGAUGCUCGGCAACGGCCGUCUCGAGGCGCAGUGCUUCGACGGUGCUAAGCGACUAGCCCACAUCCGAGGCAAGCUUCGUAAGAAAGUCUGGAUCAACAACGGAGACAUUAUCCUGCUCUCCCUUCGCGACUACCAGGACGAGAAAGGCGACGUCAUCCUGAAGUACUCAGCAGACGAGGCCCGUUCCCUCAAGGCCUACGGCGAACUUCCCGAAAGCGCCAAAAUCAACGAAACCGAUACCUACGGCCCCAACGAUGAGGGCGAGUGUGGCUUCGAGUUCGACGAGGACCGUGACUCCGAGAGUGAGGGUGAAGCUGCCGCCGGUGGCAAGGAGGUCGAUAUUGACGACAUCUAAUCUGUUGUUUUCCCUUCGCCUUGGAGGGAAAAUGGAAGUAUUCGUCCACCUGGUCCGCCGGUUUACAUCGUAACACUUUACAACCCAACAACCUCACGAUAACCUUCUUCGGCCAUGGAAAAAAACACUGUCUUCUCUCUCAAACCUAGAUGUCUCGCGUCUACUACUAUU